CUCUUUGUUCAGACCAGAGAAACUUCAAGGAACAAACAAACCACUUUCAGUUUCUCUAUUUCUCUCUCAAAACUGUACUUCAAAAUCCAAAGGGUCAUUAACCAAACAUCAAAGUUUGAUUUUUUUUGUGUUGAAUCUUGUAAAGUUUGUGUUUUUUUUGGUGGGUUCUGUUGAAAAUGACUGGUUUGCCUAAUAGUUUGUCUGAUGGCCGGAGAACAACCGCCGGUAAGGCGCCGGAGAGGUUAAAAUUCUCUCAGACUUGUAGUAUGUUGAGUCAAUUCUUGAAGGAGAAGAGAAUUUCUGGUGAUUCUGCUUCUGGGAUGUUUGGGAAAAUUGACCCUAAAGGAGGUGCUAAGGAUUUGUUUGGUAACAUGAAAAACUCAGAAGGUGGUUUGAGAUUAAAUGCAUCUGCUAUGGAUUCUCUUCCUCAGCUUGUGGAGAAUCCUUGCAUUAAGAAAUCUAAUACAAGUUCGACGACGGCUCCUAAGACGCCACAACUGACAAUUUUCUACGCCGGGAAAAUGCUAGUAUUCGACGCUUUUGCACCCGCCAACGCAACCGAGAUCAUGGAAUUGGCAACAAAGUUAGCCUCUGAAAAUCCAAACACAGAAGAAAAUCCACCCUCUGCACCUAUCACAACUGAAAAAUCAAAAUCAAAGGAACCUCAAAUUCCCCAACCAAACACUGCCUUAGAAACAUCUAAACCAGAAAACCAAACCAAUUCUACAGAUAUGAGAUAUCCAAGAAGAGCCUCACUUCUUAAAUUUCUUGAAAAAAGAAAAGAAAGGGUUAUUGCUAGAGGACCUUAUCAAAUUAACAAUAACAAAAAUGAGGGUAAUAAUAGUUCAGGAGGUGAACCUAAAGAUCAACAACACUUUGACCUUAACUUAUAGGGAUUUAACUUAAGGCUCUUAGAAGAUUGUUUUAGCUAUCAUAUAGGUUUAUAAGAAAUGCAUUAUUAAUUAUAUAUAUAUAUUUGUAUGUAUUAUUUUGUCAAUCAAUUAGGUCCAAUGCUUUGGGAUCAAACCAAACUAUAAACUUAAUUAGUUUUAUUAUAGAAAUUGAUUAAUAUUUAGAUUAAAA